AUGUCUACCAAAACUAUCCUCAUCUCUGGAGCAGCCAAUGGUCUGGGAGCGGCCUUUGUGGAUGCUUAUAGAACACAAUUAGAUGCGCAAAUACUAGCCGUCGACAGGAGCCCGAUCGACGCAAACCAUGAAAAUGUCAAACGGUUCCAGGUCGACCUCGCCGAUGAGGCCUCCAUAAAAACAUUCGCUCGACAUAUCAAAGACACACCCAUCGAUCUCGUCAUACACUCAGCUGGCAUACGAGGUCUAGUGCCCCGACUCGAAGAAGAACAUCACGGCAAUGUGGAAGCCUGCGAGACCCUCGAGGCCAUGGACAUCGCUACCAUGAUCAACACUUUCCAGAUCAACGCUGCAGGCACAUUUCUGCUCUUCCGAACUAUCCUCCCAAAUCUCCGUCUAGCCAAGGACCCAAAGGUCAUUGUCAUGUCUUCACGAAUGGGCAGUCUAGGCAACAAUUACACCGGGAACCGUGCCGCUGGCUCGGCAUAUGCCUAUCGUGCUUCGAAAGCUGCGCUGAAUGCUAUCGUCAGGAGCUUCGUAGUAGAUGUGCCGGAGGUGACAUUCGUGCUAUGCCAUCCUGGUCGGGUCGAGACAAAGCUGGUGAGGUGGAAGGAGGAUGGCGCUAUUCGUGCCCAGGAGAGCGUUGAGGGAUUGCUGCCGUUGAUCGAGAGAUGGGGCAAAGCGGAUAGUGGAUGUUAUUAUGAUAGGUUUGGCGACGCCAUUCAGUGGUAA